GACAAAUUUCAAUUUCAGCAUCAGUUAAAGAACGCUGUUCAAUCCAACAACACAAAAAAUUAAAAUGUAUCUCACUAAGGUCCUUGCCGUGAUCGCCUUUGUAGGCGUUUGCAAUGCUGCUCAUCAUUACUCCACCCAGAUCAAGCACGAAGUAAAGCAUGAGUACAAACAUGAAGCGCCCAAGCAUGAAGAGCACAAGCAUGAAGAGUACAAGCAUGAAGAACCCAAGCAUGUGGAACACAAGCACGAAGUGAAACACGAGGUGAAGCACGAAGUGAAACACGCAGUGAAGCACGAGGAACACAAACACGAGGCUGAGCACAAGCACUCUCAUAAACCAGCCGUCUCCUAUACCCACAUUGAGCGCCACGACGUGCCCUCUCAUCCCCCUAAGGACUUCCACAAAUACGAUGGCCCCGCGAAGUACGAGUUCGAGUACAAGGUGCACGACGCCCACACCGGCGACAUCAAGCAGCACCACGAGUCCCGCGACGGGCACAAGGUGGAGGGCGCCUACAGCCUGCACGAGCACGACGGCUCCGUGCGCACCGUCAAGUACCACGCCGACAAGAAGACCGGGUUCAACGUGUUUGGUAGUGUGCUUCACUUCAGCCAUUAUCAUUCAACUUACAACAUUUGUAGGGUCAACAGCACCAAAAAAUUAAACAUGUUUUCUAAGAUCGUCAUCGUUGCGGCAGCUCUUGCCGUGGCUGCGGCGCGGCCUCAGGGCGGGCACGAGCACGGGCACGCGUACUCGUCGCAGAGCAUCGUGCUGCACCAGAGCCACGGCCACGAGGCGCAGAGCCACGGCCACCAGGUGCAGAGCCACGGCCACCAAGAACAGAGCCACGGCCACCAGGCACAGCAGAGCCACGGCCACGAGGAGCACCAUCACACUGACUACUACGCGGAGCCUCAUUACUCGUACGAGUACAAAGUGCAGGACCCGCACACGCACGACAACAAGUACCACCACGAGACCCGCAAAGGCGACCAGGUAAAGGGCGUUUACAGCCUGCACGAAGCUGACGGCUCCGUACGCAUCGUUGAGUACACCGCCGACAAACACAAUGGAUUCAACGCCAUCGUGAAGCACGAAGGCCACGUCCAGCACAUCGUCCCCGAGCACCACCACUCGCACCAUUAAAUAACUACCUCUUAAGCUGUGAUACUACCU